GGUGGGGCUUGGGGAGAGGCCUGGUCUUUUCAGCCGGAGUUAGAUUAGGCUGGAUCAUGACGCCUCAGGGCAACCGCUGACUCCAGAGCCGACCUGGAGGCCGUGUCUCAGGGGCAGCAUGAGUGGCAUCGAGCGUCUGGGGAGUUGGUGGAGGCAUUCCAUCCAGGACUCGCUGGUGAAGUCCCAGGCGGGGAAGACUGAGGUGUAAGGGAGCCACUGGCCCACCCCGGGGGCCGCCCUGGGCCAGCACCACUGAUGGCAGGAAGGACGUCCCAGGAGAGCUUCGAGGACGAGCCCAGAGACUCGUCCUCUCAGAACUUCCUGGAGGAGGAGGACUCAGGGCCCCCGCCUCAGCAACUGCAGGCCACCAGCUCAACGGGCAGCGAGUCCAUCAGCAACUCUGGCCCCUCCCAUGGGCCCCUGGUGAACUUGGAGUACCUGCCCUUCUUCCGCACCUAUGAGCAGCUCCUGACUGAGGAGUUGGCCCUGCAGCCAGAGGUUGGGAGUGACCAAGGAGGAGCUGAGAGUCCCAGGGAGGUGCCAUCCUGGGAGGACUCCGAACCACCUGGUGGGCUCUUCCCUUACUACCGCUCCAAGGAGGAGAAUUUUCCCAGACUUUCUUAUAGGGCCUCCCAAGACCCGCCCACCAGAAGGGAGGCGCAGGCUGGCUGCUUCCACAGGACAGUCAUCAGCGGGAGCUCUGCUGCCUCGGCAGGCCUGGACCUGGUCUCUGGCUCCUCACCCAUCUGCUGCACCAUCCUGCUGGUCUCCGCAGGGCACUCCCAUGACAACAGCCUGGACAACACUUUGUCAAGUGGCCACACCCUACGUGACUCAGGAUUCGUGCCUUACUACAGAACCCCCGAGGAGAAGCUGCACACCAGCCCGGGGCCUGCUGCCUCUCUGCGGGCGGCCAAGAGAUCACAGGGGAGGAGCCCAGGCCUGGAGCAGCCACACCGUAAGGACCCGAAGCCGGCAGCAGCCAGAGUCGGGCCCCCAGCCCCUGCUGAUCAAUGAGGGCCAAGGUGGCCUGGGAGAAGGCUCCCAGAGCCCAGUUGCCCUGGGACCAGAGCCUUCCGGCCUUUACUCCCCUGCCUCAGUGCCCACAACCUGUCCCCUCUCAGCCCACGGAGUUGGGCAGGCAAGGACACCCUGGGCCGCCUGCGGUGUGGCUCCAUGCUGAUGUUCGGCUCAGCAGGCCUGGGGUUUGCCUUUCUCCUCAAGGAACAGAAGGAAGCAGCUCAGCUGUGCCUAUGAUCAGCCACACCCCCCAGGAAGGGACCCCAACACCAGGGGCUGCUCCCACCUGGCUCUCCUAGCUGGAAAACCUGCCCAGUGAGACAUAGGGAGCAGCAGCCCCCAAAGAGGCUCCACAAGGGGAUUCUGCUGGGCCCGGCACUCACACCUUUCCAUCGGUCUUGCUGUAGCCUACCCAACCCAGGCAGAGGGAGCAGGGCCCACUGGACAACUAAGGGAUGCAGAGACCAGAGGCAGGUUUUGUAAAUAAAUCAUUUCACUCCAA